GUAUGUUAGUAUUUUAGUUGAAUUAACGAGAAUUGAAGGAACACGACAUGGAUCACUGAUUGCUUCUCAAAUGUUAGAUGUUGCUAUACGUGUUCAAGCAAUACGUUCGUUUGCUGUUUCACAAAUGGCAAUUCUAUUAGAUAAUGCACAUUUAUUAGUUGCAAAUACACAAAGAAAUAGUAUCUGUGAGGUAUUAUUUGCUGCUGCAUGGAUAUGUGGAGAAUUUUCAGAGUUAUUGACUGAUGCAUUUGCAUCCUUGGAAGCUAUGUUACGACCCAAAGUUAUUUUACUACCACCUCACAUUCAAAGUAUAUAUGUGCAGAAUAUUAUAAAACUUUAUACUCAGAUUGUAGUUAAAGCAGAGGAAACAGAUGAUACAGAAUCAGCCCAAGUUGUUGGACAAUAUAUAAUUGAUAAAAUGCCUAUGUUUGUCCAGAAUGCUGAUCUGGAAGUUCAAGAAAGAGCCUGUGGUGUUUUGAAUUUAGUAAAACAACUAGUGAAAUUGCAAUCAAAAGGUGAAAAGAUAGGAGAUGAAAUAAAAGCUCUUUUUGUAGGAGAACUUAAUCCAGUUGCUCAAAAAGCACAAAAGAAAGUUCCACUUCCAGAAGGGCUUAAUCUAGAUGAAUGGAUUAAUGAGCCAUUUUCUGACUCGUCAUCAGAAGAAGAGUAUACUGGAGAUAUUUUUGUUAAGAAUGAUCCAAGGAUAAUUAAUCAACAGAAUGAAUUUUAUAAGAGAUAUGAACCUACAGAAGAAGAGCUAGAAUUGAGAAGGGAAGCAAGAAAACAAGAGCAAGCUAAUAAUCCACAUUACUUAAAAUCAUCAUUAAGUAAGAAUGACAUGAAUGAAAUGGUGGAUGAUAUUCCUGUUGCUCAUAUUGAUUUAACUGUUCCAUUACAUAUACCAGGAUUAAUUUCUUCUGAUAAAUAUUUAAAUACACAUAAUAUUAAAACAAAGAAUACACAAAGGAAAAAUAAAAAGAAAAAAAGAAAAACCAAAAAAGGAAAACAUGUCUUAACUGAUAGUGAAGAUGAUAUUUCUGCUGUUCAUGAGGUGACAAUAUUAAAAGAAGAAAUGCCUGAUGGUGCUAGAUUAACUGAUGAUGAAGAUGAUGAUGAUAGAAAUCCAGAUGAUCCUCAUAAAGCUUUAGACAUCAACCUUGAUGAACCUCUUCGAGAUGAUGAACAACUACCUGUACGAACACACCAUAUUGUAAUGCCUAAUAAAGUUGAAGAGAAGAAUGAAAAGAAUAAAAUUAAAAAAAAGAAAGAAAGGGAAUCUGGGAAACAACAUAAAGUUGGAAAGAAAGAAAAAAUGAAAAAGAAUAAAAACAUUGAACAAAAUAAAACUGAAGAUAUAGAAAAUAUAAAAGUAAUAGAAAUAUCAGAACAAAAUGGUAGAAUUGAGGAUCAGUUGAUUGAAGAAAAUAGUGUUGCAGCUAAAAAUAAAAAGAAUGAGAAAAACAAAAAGAAAAAGUGGGAGAAAGAAAAACAGAAAGAAAAGAAGUCAAAAAAAGAAAAGAAAAAGCGACAAAGAACUCACCAUGGUAAUACCUUAUUACAAGAGGAUCAACCAAAAGAUAAAACAGAAUAUGAAGAAGCUCCAGGAAUAGCAACACCAUCCAAAGAACCUGGAACUAGCAUUUCACAGACUCCUCUUACGCCUUCUAUGCCUCUACCUUCUAAUUAUAAAUUAUUAGGAGAAGAUAAAAAUAUUAAAAUGACUUACGAGAUUCGAACUCUGCAGAAUGUACGAAAUGAGAUAGUAGUUUCUGUAAUUUUUAAUAAUUUAAGUGAUUGCCAUAUAAAGGAAUUAGAAUUUAAUGUUUUAGAUACAUUAAAUACAAAGAUGGUUCGAAAUAUUGAUGGAGGAAAUCAAGAUGGUAUUAAAGUUCCAUUUCAGUUGCCACCUGGAACUAUGAAUGAAGGACAAUUUAUAUUUAAUGUAGAUAGCAUCAUUAUGUCACAAAAAUUACGUGGAACUUUUACUUAUAUGAUAGUGACUGAAAUAGGAUCAACUCAUGAAAAAUUAGAAUUUAAAUUACAUCUUCCUGUGUCAUCAUAUUUAAUUGGGACAACGUAUAAAAGGGACACUUUUGCAGAACUUUUAAGUAGUGCAGAAUUAACAGUUAAAUCUUCAUUUCAGUUAGAAUCUGUUGGUGAUUUAGAAUUUUCACACAUUCUCUCCAAAAUAUGUUUUUAUUGCCAUUUUACAGUGGUGGAGCAAGUUGGACUUAGUGCCUCUCUUUAUAGUCGCUCAAUCCAAGAUGAUCAUAUAUGUUUACUAGUCAAACAUUUGAAUCCUAACAGGUUGAGUGUGGAUGGAAAAAGUACAAAUGACCAAUUACUGUCCAGUCUAUUAGAUGAAAUUAAACAGAUUUUAAGUCCACAGAAUUCAAUUUCAACAUAAUUAUAAAGAAAAUUUAAUAUUUUAUGCAAAAAAAUUAACUUGAAAGUUUUGGAUUGACUCCAGACACAUUCCAGUAAAAUAUGAAGAAUGGAUUGCACAGUUAAAGAUUAGGAAUAUUUUGUUAAAUUAUGCAAUAUUUUGUCAGCAUUCUAAAAGAAAUCGUAAGUUUAACUUAAAUUCCUAAUCAGUUAAAAAUAUUUACAAUUAUAAAUGGAUUAUAUUAUUCCUUUAAGAAAUAAUAUUGAAUAUGUUGGACAUUUAUUCUUAAUUUAUAAAAAUUAAGGGAAUUUUAUUUAAAAAUUUCUGUAUAAAGUAAUUUCUGAUCUUUUUUAAAAAAAAAAUAAGGAAAAUAGUUGUACUUCACAUUUCUAAUAACAUUGUAUAAAAUUAAAUCUCAUAUUGAAAGUACUUUGAUAAAAUGUACAUUUGAAAAUUGAUAAAUGAUAUAAAAAAUAUCUAUUUCAGAUAAGAAAGGUAAAUUAUACUGUAAACUUUAUUUUUAUAAAAUUUAUCAUCAAAUUAGAUUUAAAUCAUCUGGAACAAUUUUAAUACUUAUUUCAUUGAUUCAUCUUAUAAUUGUUUGAAUUAUUAUGUUAUAACAAUCAAGUAGUAUACAUUAAUAGAGAAUGAAAGAAAAAUAAUAAUAUAAACUCUUUGCAGUUUUGUCAAAACAAAUUAUUUGGUGUCAGAUAUGUGCCUCAUAUUAUUCACAUUGUUUAUUGAUUAUUGGCUAAUAAUUCCUUCCAUUAAAAAGGAGAAUUGAUGUUAACAAGAGAAGGUCUUGCUUGGAAAUGAAUAGUUGAAGUAUAUAAAUAACUAUUCUUGUUGAUAAUGUUUGUAAAUAUUUAUCAGAAUGAUGGAAAUAAACCAAAUUGAUAAAAUUUUGUUUAU